GAGCAGACUAGUUAGCUAUCUGUCACGAGAAAGCUAUGUCCUUGUUGUGGUUAUGGUCAUUUAGAAAAGUUAAAAUCAAUGAAAAAAGAAGAAAAUCAUGAGAGUUGUUGACAAAGUCCCAACUCACAAGAUCUAGUAAAAGUAUGUUCUCCAAAAUAUUGUGGACCGCCUUUAAAGACCCAUAAGGCCAUAACCAUUGGUCAAAUUUCCGCGUCUUUGGAACUAGGCUUCUGCGCGAGAGUGAGACGGCUAAAGCUAAACACUAUUUUCCGCAAAAAUCAGCCCUCAAAAUUGAUAAAGUGGGUUGGCAUGAUGUCUCUCCAAUCAAAAAGAAAGAAAGAAAUGAAAUGGGAUUAUAUAGACAAACAAAAUAUUAGUAGCGUCUGUCAACCGUUAUGACAAGUCUUCUGCUGCCAUUUUUGAAUGUUUAGACUGACAAAAUGGGUAACAUGAGUUUACGUUAGUUCGUUGACUUCUAGUCUCCAUCACCUGAAUAAAUGCCAAGAAUAUGCAACAGGCUUAAAGAGUGAAGAAUAGUUUGGUAUUCAAAGAGAACAAAAAAUCAGAUGGCCACAGAAGAUCAAUUUGAAGAAACAGAGGAAAUGGCAGUAAUGGAGCAGAAGAAAGCAGUCUUAUGAGAGCCAUUGUUGAAAGCCAGGAUCCCACUUCUAAGGAUGUGGAUGACUUGAUGAUUAGAAGGUUUUUACGUGCUCGAGGGCAAGAUAUAGAGCAAGGUUCUGCCUUGUUCCUGAAAUACCUCAAAUGGAGACGCUCAUUUGUACCUAAUGGUUUAAUCUCCGAAUCCGAGAUAACAAGCAAUUUAGCCCAUAAGAAAGUGUUCCUGCAAGGAUUGGACAAACGUGGACGCCCAAUCGUAGUCUCCUUUGGUUCUAAGCAUCUCCCUAAGAAAGAGAAAGGAGGUGUUGAGGAGUUCAAGCGUUUUGUAGUAUACACUCUCGACAGAAUAUGUGCGAGGAUGCCCGCAGGACAAGAAAAGUUUGUCGCCAUUCAAGAUAUGGAAGGCUGGGGAUACUACUCGAAUAGCGACACCCGUGGAUGCCUAGCUGCUCUAUCUAUCUUACAGGACAACUACCCAGAAAGGCUAGGGAAAAUGUAUCUGGUUCACGUUUCUUCAGUUUUUAUGGCAGCAUGGAAGUUGGUCUAUCCAUUUAUCGACAGCAGGACCAAGAAAAAGAUUGUAUUUGUGGAAAACAAAAAACUGAAAUCUACUCUGCUGGAAGACAUCGAUGAGAGUCAACUGCCAGAGAUUUACGGAGGUGAACAACCAUUAGUUCCUAUUGAAGAAAGCUAAAGAUCUUCUAAGUGGAGAUUCAAGGAUCCUGCAACUGACCUGAAAAUAUAGGAAUUCUCUUCUUUGUUGCUGAAGUUGUGCAAUGUAUUUACAUCGCAUGCAACUUAUGUAUUCAUCACUAUUUCCAUGUCACUUGUAAGUUACAAGAGACGAUUAUGUGCUGCAUUGUCUGAUACACUGAGGAAUGGUUACUAUUUCAUAUUCCAGGAUGCAUACAUAACUAAAUAGGCAGCAAUCUACAUAAUACAGUUCAACUGACUGAAUGACACAAGCGACAAUAAUAAAGUGGUGGAAUAAUAGCUUGUACAUAUAUAUAUGCAGUUGUACUAAACCAAGUGCAAACAAAACCCACCUCAAUUAUUCAGAAUUCAGAGCCAGGCAUAACUUCAUCGAUACAAGAAUCCAAGUUGUAAUAUAAACUUAAUUAACAGGCUCAAACUAUUUUCUUGAAGGAAAAAAAUUUGAAAAGAUUGAACUUUUCUGAAAGAAAAAUUGGUCUGAGAUGUACCGAU